AUGAGCGGGGCCCCGGGCGGCCGCCGCCCGACCUUCCCCGGGCUCCCAGGUAGGGCCGGGGCCGGGGCCGGGGUUUUGGGGAGGCUCGGGGCGCUCGGAGCCCCGCACCCAGUGUCGGUCCCCGCAGGGGAGCGGGUGCUCGAGGAGGCGGCGGGCGCCCGGCGGCGCCGCGGGAACGGCGGCGGCUCUGUCCCGGGGACGCUGCUCUGCACCAACCGGCGCCUCGCCUUCCUGCCCGGCCAGGCUCCUGGCUCCCGUGGCCUCCUCCGCUCCGAGGACGAGGUGGCCCUGCCCUGCAUCCACAAGCUGGUGGCAGCCAGCAGCUUCUCCAAGCCCAAGGUGCUCACGGCCAACUCCACCCUCAAGUUCAUCCCGGAGGAGCUCGCCGUGUUCUGCCGGGAUUUCCGCCUGCUCCGCUUCUCCUUCCCCGAGAACGGUUUGGCCCCGCAGGCGUUCCGGGUGGCCAAUGCCAUCGCACAGGCACGGGAGGCGGCUGCGAGGCUGGGGGAUGCUGCUGAUGGUUGGGCCAGCUCUGGAGAAGCCAUCCCAGAGGAGGAGGAGGAGGAGGAUGAGGAUGAGGAUGAAGGCUCGUCCACCACGCUGCUCUUCGAGAGCCUGCGGGACUGGGAGGAGGAGCUGCGGCGUCUCGGCGCUGCGGGCUGGAGGGUGAGCGCCGUCAAUGAGCGCUUCGACAUGGCCCCGAGCCUCCCCCAGUACCUCUGGGUGCCCAGUGGGCUGCUGGACCACGACCUCAAGAGAACCUUUGCCCACUUCCAGGAGCGACGGGUGCCUCGCCUGUGCUGGCACCACCCGGGAGGGGGGGACCUGCUGAGAGCUGCCAGCUUCCACCCAGCCUCAGAGCCGGGCAGCGAGGACGUGAGGUGCCUGGAGGAGCUGCUGCUGGGGGGCCGUGGGCCCUGUGUGUUGGCUGACACGGCUGAGCUGCCCACUCUGGCUGACAUCCAGCUCGCCCACCUGAGGCUGAGGGCGCUCUGCCUGCCAGGUGCAGUGGCAGAGGAGAAGUGGCUCUCGGCCCUGGAGGGGACACGCUGGCUGGACCAUGUGCGCUCUUGCCUGAGAAAAGCAGCGGAGGUGGCGUCGCUGCUGGUGGGGAAGCGCUGCUCCGUGAUCCUGCAAGAACCCUCAGACCGGGACCUGAACUGCCUCCUGGCCUCUCUGGUGCAGCUCCUGGGGGACCCCCACGCCCGCUCCCUGCCCGGCUUCCAGAGCCUGGUGCAGAGGGAGUGGGUGGCAGCCGGGCACCCCUUCCCACGGCGCCUGGGGCUGCUGUGCCAGGACAGCCCCCGGGAGGAGGCCCCCGUGUUCCUGCUCUUCCUGGACUGCACGUGGCAGCUCCUGUGGCAAUUCCCGGCGGAUUUUGGCUUCACCGAGGCUUUUCUGCUGGCGCUCCACGACAGCAGCUUCAGCCCCUACUUCAGCACUUUCCGCUUCAGCUGCCAGCGCCAGCGGGGCCGCAGCAGCCUGCCCCGGCUCCCCAGCCAGACCUACCGGCCCAUGGGGGGCUGGCAGGACCCCGGGGGGCACAGGGGAGACCCCCGGCCCUGCAGCUUCCCCCCGGUGUGGGCCUGGGGCCGGCGCUACACCCGGCAGCAGCGGGAGCAGUUCCAGAACCCUGUGGGACCCCCGGGCCCUGCUGGGCCCCUGACCCCGAGCACGCCCCUUUUUAUUCCUAUUUUUUCACCCCAUUUUUCCCUCCCUGUUUUCCCUUCAAGGGAAAAUCCCAAAAUGGGAUUUUUUUUUUUCCCCUUUUUUGUUUUCCCCUAUUUUUUCCUAAUCCCAGUUUUGCUUCUUCCCCAGCCCGCAGAGCCCUGCCCGUGGGGGGAGCCCAGGCUGGUGCUGACUCUGGCCAAGGGCUCCUUGUGCCCCCACCCCCUGCCCUGGUGGAGCCGCCCCCCACUCCGGGGGUCCCCCUCAGGCAGCCAGGGGACACUGGGGGGGCUCUUGGGGACGUGCCAGCCCCCCCCGGGGCUGCUGCUGCCCUGCACUGCCGGGCCCUGCGUGCGGCUCUGGCACCGCUGCUACCUCAGGGGGCUGCCCCAGGAACAGCGAGGGCGCUUGGCCCCAUCCCUGGCCGGGCUGGCUGAGGAGCUGCAGCUGCUCCAGGAGCGACUCCGUGCCUGGAACCUGCGGAGACCCCACUGA